UUUAUUCAUUGCAUUCAACAGAAGUGUCGAGUUGAACACAUUUGGUAGCAACUAUCAUAUAUCUUUUGUUGCUCUUUCUGUAUGAUGUGUGGAAGUAAGCUUAUUUUUAAGAUAGUUUCAUUAAAUGUCAGCUAAUGUACAAAAAGGUACAAACUACAUAUUGAAUACAGAAAUCAUAUAUACACAUUAUAUUGUCUUUUAUGGAGUUUCUUUUGCUACACUAUCUGCAUGGUGUAUACGAUUAAGUUUAUUUUUAAGAAAUUUUAAUUAAAUUACAACUGGUAUAAGAAGUUAGAUAUUGAUACAUUUUUAUAUAUCUUACAUUUUAUUUUAGUCUAGAAUAUUAAUAAUAUUUUUGAAUUUUCUCUGCUCAUUAUUAAUCACGUUCAACUAAUUUUUGGAUGUACCAAUUGUCAUGUACUUUCUGCUGCUCUUUUUAUCGUUUAGAAAUUUGGAUUAAAUUACAGCUAAUAUAAAAAGUUAGCCAUUAAUUAUAAAAAAGACUGUCGUGCUAUACGACUUGAUGUGCUUACGUAAUUACUUAUUUUAAUUUUAUCUUAGUUUUAUAAGCUCUAUUGCAAUAUCUAGAGAUCUUUCUAGGGUUCUUUUUCUUUCUUUUUUAAUUAUUAUUAAACCAUACGAAAGAUGUAAAUUGAAAAUUUUAGAUCUGUUUUUAUAUUUCUUUUUGCAAUGAUAACAUAUAUUUAAUUAUAAUAUACGCGCUCAGAUAUUAUUUGUUCGAGUAGAAGGUCACGCGUAAGGUCUCAAAAGAUUAAAUAGUCAAUUUGAGAAUAAAUUUUGUCAAAGUUUACUCGGAGACUGGUACCGACGAGAGAGAAAAGACAAAGACAGAUAAAUUGCGCGAUGUCCCAAGCGUUGAUUCACUCUUUGCCUCGUCAUAUAAUUGUUAGUUGCCAUGAUUGCGUAGAACAAAUCAUACACGCGCGCUUGUCUACGCGAAGAAAGGCAUGACGUUUAUGAUUUGUGGACUUACUUCGAUUUCUUUUUUUCCUCGAUUCUUAAUUUUGAAGAAAAUUACUCGGUAGAAUAUUCCAUUAUUCGUUGUUGUUAUUUUUCUCCUUAUCAUAAUUUUACAUUUAUUUUCUAAUUUCUUUAAUAAUAUUUUUAUAUUUUCUAUUAUAUUCUUUUCAUAUAUUCUUUUAUGUUCUAUUGUCGUCAUUCGUUUGCACUAGUUCUUCUUAUUACUAUACUUUAAUAUUAAUAUUAUUAAUCAUGUUUUUACUGUCUCUCUCACACACACGCGCACACAUAUUUGAAUAACGAAAUACACAUAUGUGCACAUAUGUCAUAUGUGGAUACGUGAUGAUAAGUACGUAUCGACGUAUUAUUCAUCUUCUUUUUUAAGCAUUUUGCUUCUGAGAAAACCAAAGAUGAUAUCACCAAAGAUAUGGCAUAAUUUUCUUUACGAUAAUAUUUUGUAAAGCGCUUGUCGACUAUUAGCGCAUACUAACAAGGAUCAUUAUGGAACAUGUGAGUCAGUUGCAAAGUGCGAUUAUGCCGAGUCACGUAAAAUAUGAUUAGACAUUUGUUCUUUAUCUUAUUCUAGAACUUAAUAUGGAUUAGUAUGAAUUUAAAGAGAAAGUCGAUUGAUUUGAUUGUUAACCUUGAAAACACACAUCUAUACAUUCAUUCUUGCUAGUCUAUAAACCCUGUUGAGGACAAAUCAUUGAAGAGUGAAACUUGCUACUGCAAUUGCAAUAGGAAUUUCUGCUCAGAAAAAUUCAGGAGAAAAAAGAAGAUAAAUGAAAAAAGGAAAGCAAAGUUGAAGCAGAUUUAAUUUAUUUUUUAUUUUCGUUUUCUCUCUCUCUCUCUCUCUCUCUCUCUCUCACUGUCUAGUGUGCAGGUUCGCUAGAAAAAAGCAAUCAGCACAGUAGCGAAUGUAAGUAGAAGGAGGAAGGUAUCACCCAGUGACCCUAUCGUGUCUGGUUGCACCAGGUACAAGUUAUAGAUUACUUUGGCGAGGAGUACGGUUGCUAUAGCUGCGGAUAGGGAAGCUCUCUUUACCAGCCGUGUGUGGUGGUUGCAUUCGAAGAAAGACUCCAGUCCAAUCUUGAGUGGCUAUCUCGAGUUAGAUCGAUUCGAGUGUGACAGUAGUGGUCAUUGGAUGAGAUCCCCCGAAGUACUAUACGAGUUUUUUCUUUUCUUUUUCUUUUUUUUGUCUUUUUUUCUUUUCUCAUCUUUCGAGAACGAAGACAUAUUUCCGUGUCCGAAAAUGUCUAGGGUUAGUGGUCGGUCUUGAUUGUAUUCGAAAAGAUCCGAGCGAGAUUCGAGCGAUAACCUGUGUUACUUCGACCCUAUAAGAAGAAAAGGAGGAAGAAGAAGAAGAAGAAGCAGCCAAGUUGUUAAGAGAAUGCCUGAAUGGGUGGUGUGUGUUCAUGGAGAUCACGAGGAGUAGACCAGGUCAACGUUGACUCGAUCUUGGAUCGCGUGAUAAGCCAGGCAAGCAACCAAGAUGAUUGUUUGCUCUAUCGUCUAGCAAAUUACAAGAAGGGGGGUGAAUUGAUAGAGGCAUAUAAUUUGGGCGGUCAGCUGGAAGUGGAGAAGUUGAUGAGAGAACAGUUUGGUAUAUUGAUGUAUGGCGAUGGUAAAGGGCAGUUAAUCAAUCGUGCCGAAUACUUACGUUGGAAAUUUCGCGAUAGGGAAGAAGUGAUAUUACCGAUAGAAGCAUCCUUGGUACGUUUUGAUCCUUUGGCAAAGUGGAAAGAUCACGAAGCAUGCUGGCAAAUGCAAUAUCGCGGAUCCCUAGGAGAAAGUUUAUUACACGUACUGAUAAUAUGCGACACCAGGAUGCAUACCAGAAUCGCUAGGAUUCUACUCAAGUGUUUUCCAAGAUUGUCCAUUGACGUGGUAGAAGGUGAAGAAUAUCUCGGUGCCAGUCCGCUUCAUCUUGCCAUUGUUUAUAACAAUAAUGAACUGAUACAGGAUCUGGUAGAUGCCGGUGCUAUCGUUUCUCAACGUGCCAUAGGUAGCUUUUUCCUUCCUAAAGAUCAACAAAGAUCAAAUCCAGCGAGGAAUACCGAUUACGAGGGUCUCGCUUAUCUCGGCGAAUACCCACUUGCUUGGGCUGCUUGCUGCGCUAACGAGAGCGCUUAUAAUCUUUUGCUCGAUGUCGGUGCCGAUCCUGACAAACAGGAUUCUUUUGGUAACAUGAUAUUGCAUAUGGUCGUUGUUUGCGACAAACUGGACAUGUUCGGGUAUGCUCUACGACAUCCGAAGCUUCCAGCUCGCAAUGGGAUUUUAAAUACCGCUGGUCUGUCCCCGUUGACACUAGCCUGCCAGCUGGGACGUGCUGAGGUCUUUCGAGAGAUGCUGGAACUGUCAGCACGAGAGUUCUGGCGCUACAGUAAUAUCACCUGUUCGGCGUACCCUCUUAAUGCACUCGACACGAUCCUGCCCGACGGUGGAACAAACUGGAACUCCGCCCUAUUCAUCAUCCUGAAUGGUACGAAGGAGGAGCAUUUGAACAUGCUGGACGGCGGCAUUAUUCAGCGAUUACUCGAGGAAAAAUGGAAGACCUUUGCCCGAUUACAGUUCUUGAAACAUUUGAUAAUCCUGGUCUUCCAUUUGACAUCACUGUCCCUGGCGAUUUACCUGCGACCUGCCGAGUUGGAUGCUGUUCUUUUAAAAUGGCCGGAGGAGAUAACGGAGAUGGCACGCAUAGCGGCUGAGUGUAUCACCAUAGCCGGAGUAUUCAACUACAUUUUCCUUCAGCAAGGCGGUGAAAUGAUGAACGUUGGCUUGCUAUCCUUUUUCAAGCAACUGACGCACGAGCCGGCAAAAUUGAUCUUUUUCAUCAGUAAUUUGCUCAUUGUUGCCUGCAUACCAUUCCGUUUCUUUGGUAAUCGUGAUGCCGAGGAUGCCAUCUUGAUUGUCGCCGUGCCCACCUCUUGGUUUCUUCUCAUGUUUUUCGCCGGAGCUAUUCGACUUACUGGACCAUUCGUCACGAUGAUAUAUAGCAUGAUAACAGGAGAUAUGCUUACGUUUGGUAUCAUUUAUGCCGUCGUACUAUUCGGAUUCUCUCAAUCGUUCUACUUUCUUUAUAAGGGCUUUCCCGGUGUCAAAUCAUCCCUAUAUCAUUCUUAUCAUUCUACUUGGAUGGCAUUGCUUCAAAUAACUCUCGGUGAUUAUAACUACACCGAUUUGAGUUAUACGACGUAUCCUAAUCUCAGCAAAACAGUGUUCGCCAUAUUCAUGGUACUAGUACCGAUAUUACUACUCAAUAUGUUGAUAGCCAUGAUGGGUAAUACGUAUGCUCACGUGAUCGAGCAGAGUGAAAAAGAAUGGGUAAAACAAUGGGCAAAAAUAGUGGUGUCGUUGGAGCGUGCAGUAUCCCAAGACGAUGCGAAAAAUUAUCUACAAGAAUACAGCAUAAAGUUAGGUCCGAGUAACGAUCCGAAUAAUCCAACGUACGAAGAGAGAGGUGUAUUAAUAAUCAAGAGUAAAUCGAAAACGAGAGCUAAGCAACGUAAGGGUGCAGUCUCUAAUUGGAAGCGCGUUGGAAAAGUCACGAUAAACGCGCUGAAGAAACGAGGCAUGACUGGCGAGGAAUUGCGACAGAUAAUGUGGGGACGGGAAUCCUUUUCAACGCCUAUACGAGCUAGUGCAAACGUCGGCGGUAACACCGAAGUUUCCGCAUUGACCGCUGGCUUUGGUGACGCACUCACCGCAGCUCUGGACGUGAUGGCCUUCGCUCAUGAUUUGAAUCUCCCUGUGGGUACCACCGAGAGAAUACCUGACGGCAACGUGAACGAGAAACAACAGGCUAAGAUGCAAUCAGAAGUCACUAGUAGUUGUCAGAGUGUGCCUUCAACGAAUGUUCGAGAGAAUUGUCAAGUAGAACUUGCAAGUUCGACCAAAUUAACUGAGCUUACUACAGAUUUCAUUGAGAAACCCGUUGAACCCACAACAAAUGUUCCCAUUGAAUCGAAGCUGUCGAAAGAAGAAGAUCCGUUUUUGAAAUUGAUCAUAGCAUCGGAGUUGACGAACGAUCAAGAAUUGCUUCCUAAAUUGGCCAAAGAUGUGUUGGAGGUUGCCGAAAAAUCAGUAAAGAUAGAGACGGACGUACGAUCGAAGUCACAAAUUUUAGAAGGCUUAGCUAUGAUCAUGAUACCCACGACCGUCGAAACUUUUCUGCCGAAAAAGCAAUACUUUGUUGAGUCUAGCGACAAUGAUCUUUGCGCUAAUGAAAAAACGUUAGGAACGGAGUCCUAUCUACGAAGAAUCAGGUCGGCGAACAACAGAUUUAUGAAGAGUAGAAAAAAAUCUGGACGCAAGUCUGCCAGUGGCAGUUCGUCGUCGUCGUCGUCGUCGUCGUCGUCGUUGUCGGUUAAGGUGCCGGCAUCGUUGUCAUCGUCGACGUCGACGUCGUCGUACGUCGACAAGAAUAUUAUCGGUUAUGGGUCUUUGCUGAAUGGCCCGGAAGAGGAACCAACGAAGCGUAUCCUGAACAAAGAUCGUAAGAAGUCUGUCGAAACAAUUAAGGACGAGGUCGAGCAAAAUGGUGGUACUCGCAAUCCGUUACAGGAUAAGCCACAGAAACGACGGCCGAAGACAGCUAGGAAUAGAGUAUCACCCAAGGAGGAGCCAGCGAGGGAAAGAGAAUCGAUUGAGCGAAAUAAGGUGCCUUUAGAAACGACGACGACGACGACGACGACGGAUCCGUUGGAGCCAUGGAGCACGCGUGGUAUUAAGGACAUGAACGCCAUAUUGGCUUGGAAGGAAAAUACGCCGGACAGUCCUUAAUGUGACUUUAUGAUACUGAGGUUGCACGUACUAUCCGCCUUACACACUCGCACACAGUAGUAGCCUGAUUGCAUCGACGAAAAGACUGCUUUCGCUUGACUCAACAACGCCCGAAGAAAUUGGGAUUUAAAGAGGACCGGAGGAAGAGACUUAAUGGGUGCGAGAGAGAUAAAAGACUACGGUGGUGGUCUAUCUGGAAGAAAUUCAUUUAGAAAGAAGAAAGGCAAAAAUAUUUCUAUCCUUUUUUGUUACAUUAUUAUUUAUUGCUUUUUUAUUAACGUUCAUAAUAUGUUUUUCAUUAGUCGCCCAAGUUUCUCACUAAUUUAUCAACUGGCACUCAAUGAGCAUGAAAUUGCAAAUUUCUAUAUCUGACUAUUCAUGGGAUCAAAGGAAGAAGAAGAAGAAGAAGAAGAAUAUAAAGGUCGUACAUAGAGAUAAUAUGUAAAGAGUUUUUACAACUCGGAUAUCUUUUAAUACACAAUUAAUUAAUAAAAAAUCUUAUCUCCUA